UGGAGCUAGAUCUGCUCUUACACCCAAGCAUGCUCUCAGGGCUGGAGGGAACUGAAUUUUGCAAGGGCUGCCCAUGGGGAUGUUCCCAGCCAAGCGCUGCUGGGGAGGGCUGGGGCAUCAAUGCUGCUGGAGCAGGAUCUGCUUGCAUUGAGGAUGUGAUCCCAUAUGGGGAAUGGGGCAUUGUGAUGAACAGAACAGAGGAGACUUCCUUGUGUCCAGAAUUUGCCACACUGGGCGGGGACCCCUGAAGUUGGCAUGAAUAGCCAAGUGUCAUGAUUGUCUUACCACAGCUCUCUGUCUCUGCCAAUCUGGACAAUCUUCCUGCACCUCCCUGCUGCCAGCAGUGCCCUGCUCAGCCAGGCAUCUCCUCCUUGGGCCUUGCCUGAGGGAGGUGGGCUCAUGCUUGCCCUGGGAGUGCCAGCCAUGGGCAUCAGAGGAGCUGGGGAUCUGCUUGUGAAGACUGGGCUGAAUUCAUUGUGGCUGUGGCUGCAGCUGCUUGGUGACAAAUAGCAGCCACAGCUAGAGCCGGGGACAGGGGGGACAGUCUGCCCAGUUCACCUCCAGACAUGCCACCCUUAUCAUCGGGAAGCUGAGGCAGAGAUAAGAGCAGUUCGCUUCGAGUCCAGCCAAGACAGCCGUGAGCCAGGGCAGAGGCUCCAUCAGGAGGGUGACAGGAGCAGAUGCUGCACAUCAGAGUGGGGAAUGCAACUCAGCCCCCAGCUGCUGCUUCCCCCUGCCCAUUGCUACCCCCUCAAGCAAACCCCUCUGGGGGAUUCUGAGCCCCUUCCCUGCCUUGUGGCAUUUCCUCCAUCCCCUGGCACCCCAGGAUGGGGGGAUUGGGAGAGCCAGAGUGCCCCUCGUGGCUUAUCCCUAUGCCUGGGAUGCUCUUCCCGGACGUGGCUGGGUUGCUGGGACGGCAGGAAGGCUGGGAUGGCCGGCACGCUGCAGCACCCUGCUGCCUGCUGACUCGGCUGCUGGGAGCUGGUUCCUCAGGAAGCAGCCGCCAGGGAGAGCAUCCUCUCACUACCACCCGGAAAGCCCAGCACAGAUCACGAGCUCCUCCAUCCCACCAGGAAUGUGAGUGUUCCUGCUGGAAUCAUCCUGUACAAAGAUUUCAUGGACAAAUCUCUGGUGAGGCCACAGCAGAGCUGUCAGGCGCUGGCUUUGAGGUGGGGAAGAUGAGGAUGACACUUUUAUGGCUCCCAUUCAGCCAAAUGCUCAGCCAGCCCUAGACACGUGCCCUGAACAUGUGCUCCCAGGUCAGAGCUUCCCUGACCCUGAACAGCUUUGCUCAACCUGAAACCUGUGGUCACACCCAGCGUAAAUCUCUGGGAAUAGAAAACAAGAAGAGGGUGAGAGGAAGAAAUGGAGAUUCCUUCUUCCUCAAGGAAUGCUGGUGGCUAGAUCCUUCCUUAUGCACCCCAGGAGAAAUCAUUGGCCACAUCCAGACAAGAGUUGUGGCCUAAGCCCGGGUUCAGGGUUCAGCCUUGCUUCCCAGCCAUGCUGCUGCUCCCACUCCUCCUGAAGGCCACCCUGCUGCGCCUGGCCACUGGCUCCUAUCACCCCUUCUACAACGGCUUCUACUACAACCAUGUCAUGAAUGAUGAUGGCAACGGGCAGGACAAAGUAGAUUACUUAAAUGGAGCCAGAUUAGUGGUGGAAACCUCCAAGGACCCUGUCUACAGCUACAAUGGUGCCAAUGUCACCCUGCCCUGCCACUACCACUAUGAGCCUGACCAGGGACCCAAGCGCAAAAUCCGCAUCAAGUGGUCCAAGCUGCGGGACGACUACACCAAGGAGCAGGAUGUGUUGGUGGCCAUUGGCAAGACCUACAUGGCCUUUGGGGACUUCAAGGGCCGUGCUCACAUCCUUCGGGCCAGCCAGCACGAGGCCUCGCUGGUCAUCAGCGACGUGCGCCUGAGGGACGAUGGCAAAUACCGCUGCGAGGUCAUCGACGGGCUGGAGGAUGAGAGCGAAGUUGUGGAUCUCCAGCUGCAAGGCAUCGUGUUCCCCUACCAGCCUCCCCGCGGGCAGUACAGGCUCAACUUCCACGAAGCCGAGCAAGUGUGCCAGGACCAAGGCGCCAUCCUCGCCAGCUUUAACCAGCUCUUCCAGGCGUGGAGCGAAGGGCUGGACUGGUGCAACGCGGGCUGGCUGGCCGACGGCACGGUGCAGUACCCCAUCCGCCUGCCCCGCAAGCCCUGCGGGGGCGUGCACCUCGCCCCGGGCAUCCGCAGCUACGGCCCGCGACACCGGCAUCUCCACCGCUUUGAUGCCUUCUGCUUCUCCUCUGCGCUCAAAGGAGAGGUUUUCUACCUGGACCGCCCGGCUGGGAUGACUCUGGAGGAGGCCAAGCAGAGCUGCCAGGAUGCAGGGGCCGAGAUCGCCCGGGUGGGGCAGCUUUACUCCGCCUGGAAGUUCGCAGGGCUGGACCGCUGCAAUGCCGGCUGGCUGGCAGAUGGCAGUGUCCGCUACCCCAUCGUCACACCCAGGGCCAACUGUGGCCCCGCGGAGCCCGGUGUCCGCAGCUUCGGCUUCCCCAGCAAGGGCAGGUUUGGAGUCUUCUGCUACAGAGAGAGAUAAGGAGCCGGGAGGGAUCCUUCUUGGAUGAAGGAUGUUUCCAACCUGCCAGUGCCCAGCGCUGGGCGUUUUCAAGGGCUUUUUUGGGGGUGACUGGGGGGAGGUGGGAUGGGGGGAGCUUUCUUUUUGUUUUGUUUUGUUUCCUUCCUUUAUAUUUUCCACAUCUUGCUCAGCAGCUGGCUCCUGCAGCUGCUCGGGGUGGCUGCCAGCUGGGCAGCGUGGGACAGUCCCUGUUGUGAGAUGUGUGCAAGGAUGAUCCCCAUGGGCUACUGCUGCCACCCCACUUGGCCGUGCCACCCUAUGGGUGGUGGCCCCUUCCUGCAGUGGCAGGUUGUCACUGACACCCACCUGCCCUUCCAGGCUGGUCCUGCCUCUGAGCUCAUGAGGCAAGGCCACGAGGGAGCAAGGCAAGGCUGGAUUUGGCCAGAGCAGAGAGCAGGUAUCUCCCUCGCAUCCUGGCCCCUCUGCCCUCAGCCCCACCCAUGUCCUGCUGAAGGAUGCCAUUGUGCCUGUCCCUGCCGGAGCACAAGUGCCUUAUCUCUAAGUGCCCCUUGCCUGGACUCCAUCCGAACUCUGGUGCCUUCUUCUUUGAGCAUUGGCUAUGAAAAGAUGUGUUUUUCUGGACAUCUUCUAAUAAAAUGGUGGAGAAAGCCCUGGA